AUGGAUUUCUCCAACCUCAAAGAACAGGUCAGCAACCUGACCUUGUAUGAUCUCAAGGCGGGAGUCCGCAAGGUCCAGAAUGCGGUCAUGAACUAUACCGAGAUGGAGGCCAAGGUCCGAGAAGCUACAAACAAUGAACCUUGGGGUGCCUCGAACACACUCAUGCAUGAGAUCGCCAGUGGAACCCAUAGCUAUCAAUUGCUUAACGAGAUCAUGCCUAUGAUUUACAAGCGCUUCACAGACAAGACCUCGGAGGAAUGGCGGCAGAUCUACAAGGCGCUCCAACUUCUAGAGUUCCUUGUCAAGAACGGAUCCGAACGAGUUGUCGACGACGCCCGCUCUCACAUGUCUUUGAUUCGGAUGCUCCGCCAAUUCCACUACAUCGACCAGAACGGAAAAGACCAGGGUAUCAACGUGCGCAACAGGUCAUCGGAGUUGGUUAAGCUGCUCGGUGACGUCGACUUGAUCCGCUCGGAGAGGAAGAAGGCCAGGGCCAACCGCAACAAGUUCGGUGGAUUCGAGGGUGGCUCGCACAUUGGCGGUGGCAUGUCCAGCUCCAGCUCCGGCAGGUAUGGUGGCUUUGGCAGUGACAGCCUCUCGUUUGGCGGGUACAGUGGAGGUGUCUACGGUGACGGUGGUGGAUUCGGAGGCAACACAGGCGAUUUCGGGGACUCCGGGAGACGUUCCAAUCGCUUCGAGGAAUAUGACGAGUAUGACGAGGGUGAUGCUAGUCCCCCGCGCCGGCGCGGGCCCAGUCCUCCCCGUGCUAGUGCUACUCGUCAGGCUAAGCAGCCGGCCGCUCCUGCUCCUAAGGCUCCCGAGCAAGACUUGUUCGACUUCGGAGAGGAGGAGACUGUCACGACUUCUGUCAGCGCCUCCAAGAAGCCUCCUGCUGACGACGACGACUUCGACGAUUUCCAAUCCGCCACCCCAGCGCCUGCGCCGGCAUCGUCAGCCCAGUUCGCCAUCCCCCCGCCGGCUUCCACUGUCAGCACGACCUCCAGCACGCAGUUCGCUGCCCCCAAGCCAGUCUCGGCCACGCAGGGUUCGAACCUGAACGGCAUUGUAGGCUUCACUUCGAUGACCCCUACCCCGACCUCUAGCACGAUGGCGUCUCCUACACUCUCGCAGAGCUCCCUGGCACAGGCCCAAAAGCCCGCGCAACCCAAGCCCAGUGGCUUCCAGGCCGCCACUCCCAACUACUUCACCUCCGUUUCUACCCUCUCCAAUACGACUCAGCAACCUGCUAUGGGCCACCGCCCCAACAUGCCCUCCACUUCCUCUUUCAGUUCCACCACGCCCUCUACCCCCUCUGCAGCCAGUAAGCCCGCUGCCACCAAGGCGUCCGGUGACGUCUUCGGAUCCCUCUGGUCCAGCGCGAGCGCCAGCGCCGGUAUUCAGAAGAAUAACACGGGCGGAAACAAGGGUCCUAACCUAGCCAGCAUGGCCAAGCAAAAGGCCAGCGCCGGCAUCUGGGGUGCCCCCGCUGCUUCGAGCAGUCCUGCAUUCAACCAGAGCAGCAACAGCGGGACGUCGAAGACAACGGGAAGCUCUGGACUAGACGACCUGUUGGGCUAG